GAGCGCUCCGUCGCCAGUUCUCCGCCGACGUUCGCAGGAGAUGCUCCUGCUGAAACGCGCGCCAAUGGCACAUCUCACGUGCUCUAUGCGUUUUGUUUGAUAACAAUCCUACUUUGUGCGCUUCCAUUCGAAUAGACCGUCUAUUUUUGCGCGUUGCUCGCAGGAUUUUUUGUGAUUUGUUCGGACGUCUUUCGUGGUCUAUACAUCAGCAGGAUUUUACGGUGCAUCUAGGAAUCGGAAUAAUCUCCAAGCAGGAAAUGAACAAAGGUUAUUCGGAUAACCGAUCCGCCACGUGAUCGAUCCUCUCGAGAGCGAUCGAGCGAACGGAAGUGCAUUUUUCGGAAUGCCCGUGCGGUAAUCGAGUUUGUGAUUUCGACUUAAUUUCGUGGUGUGCAAACACAGGACUGCCAAGCGAUGCAGCACCACCCCAGACCGUGGUAUCUGCCUUGGGGUGUGCCGAUGCAGAAGAUGAUGGCUGUCCAUUACCAUCCAGGCUCCCUGCAGCCCUUUCCACAGAUCAUACUGACGAGGCUGCCCCCGACUCCGCUCGCGACGCUUGGAAGCUUUGGCACACAGCCGUCAAUACGUCAGCCCAGAGAGAAAUGUUGUGGCGAACAAGACACAACGAAAAACUUCACAGAAAAAAGGAGGGCAGAUGAUGAACUCUCCAAGAAAGACCUCAAAAAGGCAAAACUAGAGACAAAAGCUCUGAAAGCCAAAAGACCAGGAUUCACAGAUGACCGUUACGACGAAACAUCUUAUUACAUUGAAAAUGGUUUACGUAAAGUCUACCCCUAUUAUUUCACAUUUACGACCUUCACCAAGGGCAGAUGGGUAGGGGAGAAGAUUCUUGACGUAUUCGCAAGAGAGUUCAGGGCACAUCCUGCCGAGGAAUAUGAGAGGUGUAUACAAGCAGGCACGCUGACUGUCAACUAUAAGAAAGUCUCGACCGACUACAAGUUGAAACACAAUGAUCUGCUCGCUAAUAUUGUUCACAGACAUGAGGUGCCAGUUACAAGUCAACCAGUCACGAUAGUUCAUAUGGAUGAAGAUUUAGUGGUGGUCAAUAAACCAGCUUCUAUUCCUGUCCAUCCGUGUGGGAGAUACAGACACAAUACAGUCGUGUUUAUCCUUGCCAAAGAAUUCAAUUUGAAAAACCUCAGGACAAUCCAUCGACUGGACAGGCUAACCAGUGGCCUCUUGAUGUUUGGACGUUCUCCAAAAAAAGCCAGAGAGAUGGAACAUCAGAUACGCAACAGGCUGGUCCAGAAGGAGUAUGUCUGUAAGGUUGAAGGGGAAUUCCCAGAUGGAAUGAUUGAAUGCAGCGAGCCAAUCGAGGUUAUCAGUUACAAAAUCGGUGUUUGUAAAGUUUCACCGAAUGGAAAAACUUGCAGUACUUUCUUCCAACGGUUAGGAUUCGAUGGGGAAAAUAGUAUUAUUUUAUGUAGGCCAAAAACUGGAAGGAUGCAUCAGAUUCGUGUGCAUCUUCAGUAUUUAGGAUAUCCGAUCGUGAACGAUCCGUUGUACAACCACAGUGUGUUCGGUCCUUUGAAAGGAAAAGGGGGUGAUCUGGGCGGCAAAACGGACGAGGAGUUGAUUCAGGAUCUCAUUCAUAUUCACAAUGCAGAAAACUGGUUGGGAAUGGACGGGGACAGCGAUUUGUCGAUGUUCAAUACGCGGAAGGAGCUGGACGAGAAUUUGGUGGGACCGAUUUCGCCCAAAGUUCCAGAUGACCGUUCAACGAGAAACGAAUCAGAAGUGACUUCAACCUCGAAUCCACGCUGUGAAUCAACCUGUGAUACUUCAUCGUCAAUUCCGAUAUGCAACGAGACUGUGAUAAUGCCGUCUCUGAGCAAGAGACAAACUGUGGCCACUCAGACUGGUCACGAGGCACCGGACAUGAUGUUCAACCCUGACAAAAUGACGUCGGACGAGCAUUGCUAUGAAUGCAAAGUCCGCUACAGGGAUCCCAAACCCCAGGAUCUGAUCAUGUAUCUACAUGCUUGGUCUUAUAAGGGUCCGGAUUGGGAAUACAAAACUCCACUCCCAGAAUGGGCCAAAACCGAAUGGACCAGCCACUCUGAUCACCUCCAUCACACCUCAUAGCAAUCAGUUUUCUACCCUCACACAUGAUGUUCCCACGAAGGGAUUUUCUUUUUUAUUUUAGCAUAAAUUGUAAUGUUAACUUGACAUAAUUCAUCACCGACGCAUCAAGUUAGUUUAAUAUUGGACAUGUUAUCGAUUAUUUCAAAGGGUUAAAAAAUCAGUUUUCACUCUUCUUUUUUGUAAUAAUUAUAAGAUAAAUUCAUUCAUUUGAUAUUAGUUUCUCGUAUUUGCACAGUUCAUUCGAUACAAAUAUUCUACUUUCAUUACGGAUACGUUUUUAUUUCGAAAGCCUUUUUUUAUUGGAAUCAAAACGAACAGAGACAAAAGUGAAACAGUUGUGUAUGAAAUACCAGUUAAAAUUGUUGAGACGCGAACCGAAAUUAAGUCUCAAGUAGAAAAAAUCGAACACGUGCGGCUUAGUAAUUGUCAUGUAGAUAAAUAUUUGAUUUCAUGAUUCGUCUCAAAUUGUAAACCGUGAACAAGAAUUCAUUGAGUCUUAAUUUUUUUCAAAACAACCGAUACAUUUUCAAAUGAAAUUACUGGAGAAACAACUUUCAUUAAGGAGGUAUGAACUGCAAAAUUAAGCAGAGUUGAAUGCACUUCAACAAAAUUGCAGAUGAAGUAUGUUUAUUCGAUUAUUAUUUUAUUAAAAUCAAAGAUUUUUUGAAAAAUUAAUCCUCUUUAGAUUGAAAGCUUUAGACGUCUAAUUAUGAUAAAAAUGAAGACAUUAUCUGGUAAUUUUGAAUUAAGCAAGUGCCUGAAAUUUCUUCAAUCACUCGAACAGAAAAGUUUAAUGAACAGUAGUAAAAUCUAUUGAAUACUUUUUAUUCUUAGACUUCAAGCAUGGCUACAAAAUUGUCACUCAACUCAGUUUUAAUUUUUUGUUCAUUACCCGUAUAUUUUGUCAAUUUCUAUUAUAGUACAAUUAAAAAUUUUUCUAAAUUACUGUUCUCUACAAAUUGUUUCACUACAUUUUACAUUCCUGCAUAAAAUAAAUGAGACCAAUAUUUUUUUUUUUUUUUUGACAAAGGAAGAGUUGGCUGAGUUUUUGUUUAGUUUCAAAUAUUUUCAGCUCAGUUAACCUCGGUUUGCAGAGAAAAAACCAAAGCUACAUCCAGAUUUCGUCCUAUUUUACAAUUUGGAUACCACCAUAAGAAAAAUAAAGAACACUUUUUUAUGGCGAUAUUCAUGAAUUGUGACAGUAAAUUUCUAGACUAAAAUCUAUCAAUUUCUGGAUAUCUCUGUGAACAACCCCAAAAAAUUACUUUAAAAAUACCAUAGCGUUACCAAUUAUCGUUGAUAAGGAGUUUGAAAGACUAGAUUUUUAGAAUAUUAUAUCGAUUUUUAUGGAAAUAUAUUAUUUAAAAUUACCUGAAACAAUAGAUAUAAUUUUUGUUGAAUAGUCUUUUGAAAUUCUAACCGUUGACAUUUGUAAUUAGAUAUUGAUAGUUUGAACUGGUCUGUUCAAACGGUCGACAUCUAAGAUGUGGUUUAAAAAAAUAUUAUUCGUUAUAAUAGCAAUGUCUGUUUUCUUCCAGUUAUAUUGUCUCUGAAGUCACAUUUUGAAUAGAAAAAUUUUUUUUUGUCAGUCAGGUUUCUGUUUUCAGAUAACGGAUUGUUCGAAUUUAUUGAAUGGCUAGAUAAGUGGUUUAGGAAAUAAGAAAAUUAAAUUUAAAAAAUGUUUUUUGCAUGUAAAUAAUGAAUUUGUGAUCCCGCUAUGAAUCGAAAUUUCAAUGCAGAAUCAAAACAUGAAUUUGUUUCAGAUACUUGAAAUCUCGUUUUUUUCUGUAAAAAAAAUUGCAUGUCUAGAGGACAAUAAGUUGAAGUUUCGGACAUAGACUGUGCUAAAGAAUAGUGGGACCUACUUUUUCUGUUUCAGUUCGUUGUAAAUUAUCUUUAUAGUAUUAUUGGAAAUUAUCAAUAAAAGAUUAUUGUAUAAAAGACAAAAUUUCUGAACAUAUCAGUAGUUUCAGAGAUAAAAUAUGAAUUCUGUCUUCAUAACACGAAAAUGAAAAUUUGAAAUAAAAAUUAACUUGAAUGUUUCCAUCUUGCUGGAAACUUUUUCAUACAAUAAGAAAUAUUUUCGGAAAAAUCAUCCAAGAAAUGCAAAAUCUCAAAUAUAUUUUCAUAGUUCACAAUCACUUAUUGGAGAAUUGCUAAGGGAAAAGUAUCACUAAAGUGAUCAUGUAAUUGUAAAAUGAUGAUUUUUGAAGACAGGAAAUAUAUAGGUAAUAUUAGUGAUUUCUUAAAAGACAAUAUAUUGCAUUAAAAAUAUUUUCUCAAUAAGAAACUCCUUUCCUCUAUUAGCUAAGCUUUUCUGUAAUUUUCUUUCAGCAUUUUGAAAUGAGUAUAUAGAUUUAUAGUUUGUAAAUCAUUACUACAAUAAAAAUGUAAUACUC